CCCCUCCUGAGGGGACCCCCCCUCCUGAGGGGGGCCUCCCCGCUCAGGGCCCCCCGCCCGAGGGGUCUGCGCGGCCAGGGGAGGCCUCGCUCCCCGCCUGUCUCAUCGUGCUGGGCAUGGCCGGCUCGGGCAAGACGACGUUCGUGCAGAGGGUGACUGCGUACCUACACACGCACAGGCGUGCUCCGUACGUCAUUAACCUGGACCCGGCUGUAUACGACCUCCCGUUCCCAGCAAACAUCGAUAUCCGGGACACGGUGAACUACAAGGAGGUCAUGAAACAGUACGGUCUGGGUCCCAACGGAGGCAUCGUCACCUCUCUCAACCUCUUUGCAACGCGCUUCGACCAGGUGAUGACCUUCAUUGACAAGAGACGCAGCGAGACAGAGUUUGUUGUGAUCGACACGCCGGGCCAGAUCGAGGUGUUCACUUGGUCGGCGUCAGGGACCAUCAUCACCGAGGCGCUGGCCUCCACGUUCCCCACCGUGGUGCUCUAUGUGAUCGACACCUCUCGCAGCGUCAGCCCCGUCACCUUCAUGUCCAACAUGCUCUACGCAUGCAGCAUCCUGUACAAAACUAAGCUCCCCUUCAUUGUGGUGAUGAACAAGACGGACAUCGUGUCCCACGAGUUUGCGCUGGAGUGGAUGCAGGACCUGGAGUUGUUCCACGAGGCGCUGGAGCAGGACUCCUCCUACAGCAGCAACCUCAGCCGCUCCCUCAGCCUGGUGCUCGACAGCUUCUACGUCGACCUGCGAGUGGUGGGCGUCUCUGCGGUGACCGGCGCUGGGAUGGUGGAGCUGUUUGAGGCCGUGGAGAAAGCGAAGGAGGAGUACGCGAGGGAAUAUCGGCCCGAGUACGAACGCCUCAAGCAGAUCAAGCACGAGGACGCCGCCAGACGUCAGCAGGAGCAGCUGACUCGGCUGCACAAGGACCUGGGCGCGGUGCACAUGGGCACCGUGAGCGAAGCUGAGGUGGUCCUGCGGCCGGGCCCCUCGGAGCUGCUGCUCACGAGGGGCGGCGGCGACAACAACUACGACGAGGACGACGAGGACGACGGCGACAGCGACGACGACUGCGAGCGCACGGAAGAGAGCAACGAAGGCUCCUCGUUCCUGAACUUCACCCAGAAGGCCCCCAGGAAGCUGUGAUGAUGCCCCCCCCUGCCCCGACCCCUUGGUGGAGGGCGUCACGCGGAGCGCCCUCCCUGCCUGCAGUUCGUGCCCCCUGUUGUGCACGAGCUGUUAGCGUGGAGUUGGAUGGGCGGAGUUUGUUCCACCCCCACUCCACACUACACACUCACCACCCACUCACCACCCACUCCACACUCCACACUCACCACCCACUCACCACCCACUCCACACUCACCACCCA